AGUAUCUGAAUAAUUUAUUGCUACCACUUAAUUUUUCAAGGUUUUUCAAACUGCUUCAUUUUCUAAGUCCAUUUGAGACACGCUCGCGAGACACGACAGACCGAUGAUGGUGACUAGAGACAUGUCUCGGUCUUUAGACCACGUGAACUGGUGGGAGCCUGAGCACUGGAAGAAUAGGAAGCCGAGGGUCAUGUCAUCCAUGUCGUUGGAGGGAGCUGAUCCUGCCGAAAUAAGGAACGGAUGGCUCACGCUGCCUGAUCCGAAGGCCCGUUUCCAACAGAAGCAAAUGCAAGAGCGCGAGCUGAAAAUCGCGUCGCUAUACGAAGCGCAGCAGGCGCGGGCGCUGGACCGCGUGCGACACUCCCCGGGCACAGGACAUGGCACCACCUCGCCCCCGCAGCCGCCUGCCACCAUCACGCACCACCCGGGGAAGGUCCGCCAAAUGUUCGAGGAGCGCCGCACGAAAGCAGGCAUAGACAAGAGCUACCCGCUGCAGCCCAUCCACAAUACAGAGAGGAACCCCACCAGAAAGGCGCUGCCCAAUGGCUACACCAAGGUCACGGCCACCGCCAACUCGAAGGUCGUGGAGAAGAGGACCACCAAGACCCACAGUCACAGCACGCACACCGUUAAAAAACAGCAGCAUAAAAUAGAAAAUAUAGUAAAUGGAUCCGGAGAUCUCAACCACAAUCACGAACCGGAUCUAAAUCGAACAAAACACAAUAUGCUGCCAAAAAGCAACGGCGAGCUGAUCUCCCGCAUCGACGAGCUGGACAAGGCGGACAACAACUACCUUCUGGAAGACGAGACGUUCCCCGAGGCUCUCGCUCCCACGCCCACGCCGCGCUCACCCGAGCCCAGGGAAGUACGGGAACAGAAGCCACAAAGAAGCUACCCAGAUUUUGAAAAAGAAUUUAACGUCACAACUGACGCUUCUCAUUUCGCCAUCGGCGCAGUACUUUCGCAAGGUCCUAUUGGCUCAGACAAACCAAUAGCAUUUGCCUCUCGAACGCUCAACGACAACGAAGUCAAUUAUAGCACAACUGAAAAAGAGUUGCUCGCUAUUGUUUGGGCGACAAAAUACUUCCGCCCAUACCUAUUUGGCCGAAAAUUUAAAAUAGUCACCGACCACAAGCCCCUGCAAUGGCUCGUGUCUUUAAAGGAGCCCAACUCUCGACUCACGAGAUGGAAGCUCAAGUUGGCUGAGUUCGACUACGAGGUCGUAUACAAAAAAGGAACUUCUAACACCAACGCGGAUGCUCUAUCUAGGGUCGUUAUUAACAAUAAUGAGACAGAAUCCCAUGCUGAUCAACCUGAGUCCACAGUUCCACAGAGUCCACGUACUUCAGAAGUUUUAGAGGACAUCCUAUCACUUAUUGGCAACGUUUCAGAAAUUCCCGACGUAGAUAAUAUACAAUUGGACCAAUUACAGGAUGAAACAGUUCACACUAAUCAGGAACAGAUGUCGAGUUCGCCGCGCGAGCCCGUUCGCCCAAUGUGGAACGCGCGAGUAAAAACGCGUCAUCUGGACACGGUCUUAGAGAAACCGUUUAUCGACGAGAUGGACAAGGCGGACAACAACUACCUUCUGGAAGACGAGACGUUCCCCGAGGCACUCGCUCCCACGCCCACGCCGCGCUCACCCGAGCCCAGGGAAGUGAGGGAACAGAAGCCACAAAGAAGUAGUCCUGCACCUCGAAAUAGCCCUCCAAAAACCAAACCUCAACCUACAGCAGCGCCACCUAGGAGGGUCACAAGUGAAAACGCUGUAUCGGACAGCAGUAGGGCCCGCGGGGCCAUGCAGCGGACCGCCAACGCCAGCCCGACCAAGCCGCGUGGCACGGCGUCGGCGGCGUCGGCGUCGGCGGCGGGGUCGGCGGGCGCGGGCGCGGCGUGCGCGGUGUGCGGGCGGCGGUUCGCGCCCGACCGCCUGCACAAGCACCAGGACAUUUGCAAGAAGGCGCACGCUAAGAAGCGCAAGCCCUUCGACGCGCUCAAGCAUCGGCUGGCGGGUACCGAAGCUGAAAAUUAUAAGGGCACAGAGGCGGAGCCGUUCAUCAGCAAGCUUCGCAAGGGCGCCGCGUCGAGCAACAAGGUGCCGACGGCCAAGCCUCUCAACAACAACUGGCGCCAGAAGCACGAGGAGUUCAUCCAGGCCAUCCGUGCCGCCAAGCAGGUGCAGGCGCACCUUAACGCUGGCGGAAAACUCAGUGACCUGCCUCCACCACCGCCGUCCGAGAAUCCCGACUACAUCCAGUGUCCGCACUGCAGCCGGCGCUUCAACAAAGCGGCGGCGGAGCGCCACAUACCCAAGUGCGCCAGUUUCCAGUUUAACAAGCCCAAGCCCAACGCCAGGAAGCGGUAACGGGACACAUAAACACACGCUCCAGAAGUGGCUGGUGUAUUUCAAGCUCAUCGUCACCUGUGAUUGGCUGCCGGCGACCCUUUGGCGACUCUUGUAACUAAACGGUCUAUCUUAAACCUUAUAACUGUCAGUUUUUAAAAUUGGAAGCCAGGCCCAUUCAAUUGUUUCUUACUCUUUUUCACUGCUAGCUGGUGUAUUUCAAGCUCAUCGUCACCUGCGAUUGGCUGCCAGCAACUUUUCUG